AUCUACACUCAUUAUUCGAUAAUUAUCCGUUUAAUAUAAUUGAAAUGUUAACGGAAAUUGUUGAUAUUACAGUAAUCGAAAAUGAUAAUUAUCCACAAAAUAUUUGCACAAAUUGUUUGGAUAAAUUAUAUUCAGCGUACAAUUUUAAACAGCAAUGUCAAGAAACUCGAAAAAAGUUUGAAGAGUAUUUAAAUAAUUUGGAUACUAAAGAUAAUUUCGAUAGCAUUCACGAAGAAAAGUAUUUUAUUGUAAAAGAAGAUAUCGACUUCUCGAAUAAUUACGAAGAGGAUGAAAAAGAAAAAGUUAUUAAAACAAAGAAAAAAGUUGUAAAGAAAAAACGAAUGUGUAAAAUAUGUAAUCAAGGUGUUACAAAAUUAUUUGAACACAUGCGAAAACAUACAAAAGAAAAACCGUACAAAUGUGAAACUUGUGAUAAACGAUUCUCGUUUAUCUCAAACUAUAGACGACAUUUACGGAUUCAUGGAGGUGAAAAACGAUUUGGUUGUGACAUCUGUCAGCGAAGAUUUACGCGUAAGCACACUUUACAAACGCAUCGAUGUCUGGGUGAGCAACGGAAACCUCGAACACCUACAGAAUACAAACCAAGAGAGGCGGGUUUAGUUACUGCUACGAAUGAAGAAGAAAAUGAACUAUUUUUGUGUAGCUUUUGUGGGAAAAGUUUCGCAAAUCGUCAGGGAUUGGUUACGCACAGGGUCGUACACACCGGUGAAAAGCCUUACAAGUGCGCUGUUUGUGAGAAAACAUUUGCAUACAGUGCUUCAUUACGGGUUCACGAAACGAGUCACACCGAUGAAAAACGUUUUAAAUGUUCCUUUUGUGAGAAACAAUUUCGAGUUCGAUCGCAUUGUUUGAGUCAUGAAAAGAAUCACACCGGGGAGAAACAAUAUAAAUGUUCGUUUUGCGAACGAGAAUUUUUACAUCGUAGCACGUGGAAAAGUCAUGAAUUAAUUCACACGGGGGAGAAACCAUACGAAUGUCAGUUUUGUAUGCAGAGUUUUCGCCAACGACAUCAUUUAAUCGCUCAUUUACGCACCCACACGGGCGAAAAACCAUUUAAAUGUCAAUAUUGUGAUAAAAAUUUUGCAUUGAAGGGGAAUUUAACUGUACAUGAGCGUAUUCACACAGAGAAAGGUCAUACAAGUGUACCAUCUGUUCGAAGGGAGUCACCUAGUUUAAAUAAACGUAAAGAGAAUCAUUUAUUAACAGAAAAUGAGCGACAAAAUGAGGAAUCAACAAAUCAAUCGAAUGCAUCCUUAAAAAUUCCGAAAGUUGAAUAAAAAACUAAAUAAUUUUAUGUAAUUUUUAUUUUUAAUACCUUAAGUAACCUGCAACUCCAAUUCUAUAUACCUAUACUAUGAUUAACCCGCCCUCUAAGCAUGGUUAACCC